CAUGGCGGAGGUGACCUUCUGCGAAGAGUGCAACAACAUCUUAUAUGCACGCAGUGACCGGAAAAACAAAAAGCUCCUCUACGUAUGCCGCAGCUGCGAGUACAUUUCGCACAAGCCCAACGAGCAGCAGAACAUCGUCGCCAGGAUUAAUUACAAUUACAAUAGGAAAGAGGACGUGUACAUCCACCCCGAAACGAAGAACGACCCCGCCCUGGGGCGCGUGCGCGAAUGGAUUUGCAAAAACUGCGGGAACAACGAGGCCGUCUUUUUGCAGCUCCCAGAGAGAAUCACCUACAAUCCCAUGGCACUCAUUUACGUAUGCACAGGGAAGAACUGCCACUAUUGGGAAAAGGAGAUUCAAUUUACGAAUGAUGAGGAGGACCCCUUGCAUAGAAGUGGGCGCUCUUCGGAAGCUUCCCAUGUGGAGAGUCAGCACCCCUCUGUAAAACAGGAGGCGGGCGACACGCAAGAUGCUACCACUGGGCAAGGACAAAAACGGAGUAGAAAAAAACUGAGGAGAGUCGUCGGGGAUGAU